AUGCGUUUCAGACUCGAGCGCCGUGCCGUCUUCCAAAUCGAUUACAUCGAUAUUCACUCCGGACACUCAGAAUACACUGUGACCACUCGCCCUGCGACACGAUCCACGACGCUGGAGAUAGUGAAGCAUGCCGGUAGGCGAUCGGAAGAGAUCGCCAGCGUUUGCUUUCGCGAGCUAUUCCCGGACACGAUUGAGCUGCGGGAUAUCAAGCUUGCAACUACCGUACUAUCUUCGAGCCAUACAGAAGGGCAGUAUUCAGAGGUUGUUGGGGAACGCACGAAGAUCAAGGCAAAGGAAUACGCGCACAAAGAGGGAAAGAAUACGUGGACCAUACACACACCUGCUGCAGCAGUGUAUACUUGGACUGCUGACGGUAGAGAGUUGAUUCUUCGCUCUGAAGAUGAUGUGGAGAUCGCUUACAUCCGUCCCCCGCGGCAUGAGGACGACCCGGGAACCGGAUUCGCUACUGUAUUUCAUAUCGACGACAACGUGCUUGAGGACAUAGACCAGAUCGUUGUUAGCGGUGUUUACCUGAAGUACAAGGUAGAUCAUACUGGAUCUGCUCCAUCUGUUGAGAACAAGUACAUGCCGCCGGCAGCAAUAUCUCCUUCGGGGUGGUUGCAAUAA